AUGAAUACCAGAAUUAGUCGUGCUAUUAAGGCUAGCAACGAGCUCAUAACAAAUUUGCAUCGUGAUGGGUUAGAUCGUGGGUGCAUCGCGACAUUUAAUGAUUCUUUAGUGAUUAGACAGGAUGUUGCUGAAGAAGAUGAAAAUUCAGUGCUAUUAUUAAGCCUUAGUGAACCUGACAAUUUUAAUAAUGGUAAUGAAGAAAACUUUAAUAAUGGUAUUGAAGAAAACUUAAAUAUUUCAUCAAUGUUUAAUUUAGAACCAAUUGUAAUUUAG